UAAAAAGUGUAUUCUUGUACCUUUGUUACGGAUUUAGUGGCGUAACCAACGAAUAAGUGCUUCCUUGUGGGAAUUUGCGACCAACCAUGGCCAUUUCUCAAUCGUCCCUUCGGAAUCAGCUAGCGUCGUUAACAAUUUCGUCGGGAAUCCACAAGGAGCAAGCCGAUAAGUACCGGGGUCUGCUGGAUCAAAUUCUGCUUAAUACUGGCAAUGAGCUGGUGGAUACAUUGAAACUCUUUAUCGAAGCAAUUGUCAACGAACAUGUAAGUCUGGUCAUUUCUCGGCAAGUCUUGUCCGAUGUUAGUACACAUCUGACUAAAUUGCCGGAUGAUAUCUCCAAGGCAGUGUCACACUUUACGCUCGACAAAGUGCAACCCCGUGUGAUCUCAUUUGAGGAACAAGUGGCAAGCAUUCGCCAACAUCUGGCACAGAUUUACGAACGUAAUCAAAAUUGGAAGGAAGCCGCUAACGUACUCGGUGGCAUUCCGCUCGAGACCGGACAGAAGCCUUACUCAUUGGACUAUAAGCUGGAAACGUAUCUCAAAAUAGCACGUCUUUACAUGGAAGACGAGGAUCCCGUACAGGCUGAAGCUUUUAUCAAUCGUGCCUCUAUCCUUCAGGCUGAUACAAAAGAUGAAAAAUUGCAAAUUCUGUACAAAGUGUGUUAUGCUCGUGUUCUUGACUAUCGUCGGAAGUUCAUUGAAGCGGCUCAACGGUACAAUGAACUGUCAUAUCGUACCAUCGUUGACGAAGGAGAACGCAUGACUGCUCUGAAGAAAGCGCUGAUUUGUACCGUUCUUGCGUCAGCUGGUCAACAACGGUCUCGUAUGUUGGCUACCCUGUUCAAAGACGAACGUUGUCAGCACCUACCGGCUUACUCGAUUUUGGAGAAGAUGUACUUCGACCGCAUCAUUCGUCGGUCGGAGCUGCAGGACUUCGAAGCAUUGCUUCAAGCUCACCAGAAAGCGUGUACCGUGGAUGGUUCGACCAUCCUCGAUCGGGCAGUGUUCGAACACAAUCUGCUGUCGGCCAGUAAGUUGUACAACAAUAUUACCUUCGAUGAGUUGGGCUCUCUGCUGGAAAUUCCUCCGCAUAAGGCUGAACGUAUUGCCAGCCAGAUGAUCACCGAAGGUCGCAUGAAUGGUUAUAUCGAUCAAAUUGAUGGGGUGGUACAUUUCGAAACUCGUGACAUUUUGCCUCAGUGGGACAAGCAAAUUCAAAGUCUGUGCUAUCAGGUUAAUGGUUUAAUCGAAAAAAUCAGUGCAGCUGAACCUGAAUGGAUUUCCAAGAUCAUGGACGAAGAAAUGUGCACUUAAGUGACGUUGGACAGGCGAUGCAUAAUUAUUAUUCUUAAAUAAUUCAUUGUAUUUCAUAAGAGUUUGAUAUAAACGGAACUUAAUUGAAGUGUGAAA